AUGGCUCAAAUUGAUGCGCCUGUCAUGUCUCAAAUAGCCGAUCCCAUGCUACAACGCAGGCCAAACGGAGAGAUUGACAACAAGAAUCGCGGUAGACGGCGAAGCCGUACCUCAUUGCAACCUACAGAGGAUGAAGGGGAGCUCUCACAUGGAGAAAUUGCGGAAGGUCACACUUCUGGUGAUGAUGGUCACCCAAGAAAGCGGAGGAGAAGUCGCAAAGGCCUGGACAAGAAGUUCGAAUGUUCUACGGAAGGCUGUGGAAAGAGUUACUCUAGAGCCGAACAUCUUUACCGUCACCAGCUAAAUCAUACCCCGAAACAAAUAUAUAACUGCGACUUUGACGGUUGUUCAAGAACGGGCCAGAAUACAUCAUCUGCCAGUUCUAACAGCAGAGGCCAACGGCAUCCAAGCUUCGGAACUCCCGAUGCCAAGUCGGUAGAGUUCUCGAGACCGCUGCAACCAAAUGUUGGCCACUAUGGUAUGUUACCGACAGCCUCAAAUAACCAAAACUACCGUAGCAAUCAGGCACACAGCCCGCAGGCAUAUAUAAGUCAACAGAAUUUUCCCCCUUUUAGCUUACCGCCUUCGGGGUUUGCGAAUGUGGCUGCAAACACGAUUAACUCCGGUGAGACUGAGCCACUGCUCCAGACUCCAGUUUCUGCUGAAUAUCCAAAUGAGAUUAGCCAAGCCCAACAAUCAGGCCCAGACAUGAUGCUUCUAGAUCAAAUGGCUGUAUCAAACACGAUGCCUGUAUUUGGCGGCGAAGGAUGCUACAAUCGAUCCCCUUGCGCCAUCCCGGAAGACUUCGUAGCUUAUCUUUUUAGCACCCAACAAAACGACAUGGGUCAAAUGAAUUCACAACCUUAUCCAAACACCUACCCUGAUGCUACAGCCCAGUAUUAUGCUCCAUACUUCACUAAUGAUCUCGGCAAUGGAGGUUUCUAUCCUCCAGCUGCUCAACAAUCUCACCACCCUAUGGCUGUAACUAGUUUACUUGAUACCAGCUUGCCAGAACAGUUUUUACACAAACCAACCUUUUCUCCAGAUAGGACACCAGAUCUCCUUUUAAUCGCAAUGAUGGCUAUAGGUGCCUCGCUUCUUGAUAAGGCUCACGGUCCAGCAGUGACGGAAGCCGGCGCGGAUUUGUCGAAUUUUUUAGCAUGGCACCUCAGAUGGGAGAUAUUUAAUGACCAUCAAUUCCGUCCUCCAGCAAGUUUAUGGGUGUUUCAGGCUCUGUUACUACUGGAGAUAUAUGAAAAAAUGUACUCGACCAGAGCACUUCACGAAAGAGCUCAUAUCCAUCACGCAACCACAAUCACUUUGAUGCGUCGUGGUAGUUCAUUGAUAGGUCGUUCUGCAUUGGAUUCUCCCCCGAGUGCGAGAGACGACAAACAUGGACACAAUGAUUCACGCCAGUCGUCAGCGUCAGCAGCUAAUACACCUGACGAGUGGUGGAAUCAUUGGAUUAUAAAUGAAGCCACAAGACGUGCUGCAUUUGCGGCAUUUGUUAUAGACUCCACGCACGCAACAAUGUUCGGGCAUUCUACUGUUAUGGUUGCUCACGAAAUGCGUCUCCCUUUACCAUGCGAUGAAGCCAUGUGGACUGCCACAAGUAGUGCUGAGGUUGGUAGGUUGGAGUCAAGCCUUCAAGCGAGUGGGAUGAAACCUAUAUCGUUUUUGGAAGGUCUUAAACGGACCCUUAAUGCUCAAGACGUGAGGACAAACUCUUUUGGUCGUACAAUUUUGAUGGCUGGCCUCUUGAGUGUCAGCUGGCAUAUGAAUCAACGUGAUCUGCAAGUCAACUCGUUAGGCGUAUCGCAGGCACUGGGCGGCCGGGACAAAUGGAGAGGAUCUUUGACUCGAGCAUUCGACCUUUGGAUGCAAGAUUUCGACUCAUCUUUGCUGAAACAAUCCGAAAAUAUGCCAGGGCCAUAUGCCUACACUGGUAAAGAAAAUAAUGUUGUAUACCAAUCUAGGACAGUGCUCCAUCAUCUCGCACACAUGGCCAUGCAUGUUGACGUUGUCGACUGUCAAAUAUUUGCCCGAGCAAAACGUCUUCUUGGCCGCACGAUCGGAUCACAAGACUUAAACAGUGCCCAAAGAAGAAUGCAAGACAUUUGGGCACCGACUGCGAAAGCUAGGGACGCAACCUUUUAUGCCAUCAAAUUUCUCUGCACUGUCCUCCUUCCCGAGAAACCCACCUCAAUGUCUCAUGGCUACGAUCAUGCACAACUGGAUUCGAUAGUGGAUUAUUCUGCUCGCGACGAUGUUCUUCUCAACAGACCUUGGGUUUUAUAUUUUGCUGCUCUGAUCGUUUGGUGCUAUGGCUAUGCUCUUGAAGGACCAACCACUGCUCCGGUCCCUGAUCGUCAUGUAAAGACUGAUCAAGCCCGAGAUAUGCGAGCCUACUUGCGACGAUUUGGCUCGAUCAAUAAUCCCGAAGAACUGAAAAUUUUGACCGGGCUCAAUGGAUGUUCUGGAUUGCUCAUGGUUCUCCAAGGUAUCUUCCAGGAAACACGAUGGGAGUUAUUGCACGAAGCUGCAUUAUUAUUGAACAAUUGUAUCAAUCUUGUCAGUGGCCAGCCGUAUCCACCUUCUCGUGAUCUGUGA